GUCACCAGCUGAGCACCAUUCGCUGCUGUCAUACGUUUGCUGCUCUUCUAUAUUCCUGCCCUUCCCAUGAUGCUGUGAUUUUUCCUGCCGUGGAUUUUCCAUGUUGGGUUACGUACUUCAGGAAAACCUUAAGAGCUAAACGUAUUCACAUUUGCUUUUGGAAAAGCGUCUCGGACUGGUCAACAUACAGGUGGAUCGCUCUUUCGUUUUUGAAGAUUGUAAUAGGGACUGAAUUGGGAAUAAUAUCUCAAGAACGCUGGAUGCUACAGUGUGUGGCAGGAUACAGUGGACUGGUUCUGGGUUCAGGGGAAGAUGCCUGCUAUCCUGGUGGUCACUAACAUGAAGUCUGGACUGCCGAAGCCGAUCCACAGCGCCCUCCCCAUCCCGCAGGUGCCCACCCGAGCUGUGGCCCCCCGGCCCUGCUUCACCAGUCCCCCGCAGAGCAACACUCACCUCCACCUCGAGACUCAGAGCGGGUGGGCAACAGGCAAAAACUACCAUCCUGCUGACAGUGGAGAGGACACACAGAUCUACACGGACUGGGCGAAUCACUACUUGGCCAAAUCGGGACACAAGCGGCUGAUUAAAGACCUGCAACAGGAUGUGAGCGACGGCGUGCUGCUGGCUGAGAUCAUCCAGGUUAUCGCAAAUGAGAAGAUUGAGGACAUUAAUGGAUGCCCCAAGAGUCGUUCUCAGAUGAUUGAGAACAUUGAUGCCUGUCUGAGCUUCCUAGCUGCCAAAGGUGUGAACAUACAGGGACUUUCAGCUGAAGAGAUCCGGAAUGGAAAUCUGAAAGCCAUCUUGGGGCUUUUUUUUAGCCUGUCUCGAUACAAGCAGCAGCAGCAGCAGACGACGAACAGACAGACGCACACGCAACACACACAUUCACACACUCCCUUAAUCCAGCAGAGCAGCACUCUGGCCCAGCUGACCUCCACUUCGCAUGGGACGCACACACACAAAACACAGCCAGAGAUGCAGUCCAGGGAUGGCUCUCAGAGUAAACUCAAGUUUUCCAUUGGUCAGAAAAAGUAUUCUAGAUUACCUGGCCCCACCUCGAGGAUGUCCACUGCGGGCAGUGAGAGUUCUCCUCGAGGGCCCAUCAGUUCAGCAGGGAAUCGCCGCAGUCAGGUGUUCAGCGAUAAAGCCAAACCUGCAGCAGCAGCUCAGGCCAAAGAAUCAUCAGAGAGUGUCUCCUCACACGGCGUGACUGAGCACACUCUGUCAUCCCUGGCGUCCGCCUGCACCUCUGUUAGCACCAGCACUGUGGCAUCUUCAUCUUCAUCAUCAGCCAUCCCCCAGCCCAACUUGAGUAGCAAACCCUGGAGAAGCAAAUCUCAGAGCACCAAGCACACUGCUACCUCCACCGCUACCUCCACGGUGCUUUCCAUCAAACCAGAUCUCCAAGCCAAGGAGCCCGUGCCUGCAGAGCCGCCACCGAAAGCUGUGCCUCAAAAGUCCAUGCUGGAGAAACUCAAACUUUUCAACAGCAAAGGAGGCUCCAAGUCAUCCACGCAAGCAGAGAGCGCCGUUACGCCGACAGGAGGAAAAGAUGGCGGUUUGGUUUUAGAAAGAGUCGAGGCUGGUUCCAAUACAAAACCCACUGAGGAAAUGGAUGGGAAUGUCAGGCCCACGAACGGAUCGAGUGCCGUUAUGAUGACAACCAGCAGCCCAAAGAUUGCGCUAAAGGGCAUUGCGCAACGGACAUUUAGCCGGGCGCUCACAGGAAAAAAAGCCUCAACUAAAGCCAUAGAUAAAGAAAAAGAAAAAGAACGAGCUAAAGAAAAAGACAAAAAUGGGAAAGAGGGGUCAAAGUGUGUCCCUUCUUCCGAAAAGGUAGAGAUCAAAGAGGAAGUUAGGGAGGAAGUUGUUCCCUCAAGCAGAGUUGCUCCCUCUGAGGCAGAGCCCAGGAAAGCCUCCAAGAUCGCCAGCUUCAUACCCAAAGGCGGCAAAGUGGGCGGUACCAAGAAAGAUAGCCCCGCCCCUGUGCAAAGCGGAAUUCCAAAACCAGGAAGUAAAAACACUGGAAAUGGAGCGGUAAAAAGUUCAGCGUUGGCCCUCAGUGGUAAAGACAAUGAGAGGCCCCGCAGUAUGCGUCUGGGAGGGGGUCUGGGACUUCAUAGGGACAGCCGACAUUCCUCGUCCUCUUCCAGCCUGGCUUCCACCGAGGGGAAAGGACACCACAGCGCCGCCCCGGUGGCCAACGGAACACAAUCCACGGCCAGCAACACAGUCAGUGUGCAGCUGCCUCAGCCACAGCAGCAGUACAGCCACCCCAACACAGCCACCGUAGCACCCUUCAUGUACAGGUCUCAGAAUGAGGCAGAUGGAAACAUUGGCACAAUCCCAAGCUGUGGAUGUCGUAGUAGUGACUCCAGUAGCUUCAGUAAGAUCGACCAGUCUUCUACUGAGGACCUGUCAGGUGAAGAUCCAGAGACCAGACGUCUAAGGACUGUCAAAAAUAUUGCUGACCUGCGGCAGAAUUUAGAAGAGACCAUGUCAAGUUUGCGGGGGACGCAAAUCACACACAGCACACUGGAGACCACUUUUGAUGGUAGCGUUACUACUGAAAUGAGCAGUCGCAGCAUCCUCAGCAUGGCAUCUCGCCCCGCGCCGCUGUCCUGGGCCAGUCGCAUAGGCCAGUCCAGCCCCCGUCUACAAGCAGGAGAUGCUCCCUCGGUUGGUAACGGGUAUCAGUCCCGCAGCGGAGGUGUGGCGUCCGGCCAGGGCCGUUAUCUGUACCAGGCUCCUUUACGGAAGCAGCUGGCAGCGCGUGGCAGCGCCUUCUGUGGCCUGGAGUUGGGAGACAGGGUGGAGGAUCUGGAGCUGGCAGGUGUGGGGCUGGAAAUGAGCGGCUACAUGAGUGAUGGAGACGUGUUGGCUAAGAACGCCCGCUCUGAUGAGCUGACCAGCGGGUACAUGACGGAUGGGGGAUUGAGUCCGUAUACACGGCGAUUGAACCGUUUGCCGGAUGGAAUGGCAGUGGUACGGGAAAGUCUGCAGCGUAACGCCUCCACCGGCCAGGGAGACGCCGACAGUUGGGAUGACAGUAGUUCAGUCAGCAGUGGGGUCAGUGAUGCUAUUGAUACUGAUGACAUCAACACCAGCUCCUCUGUAAGCUCUUAUGCCAACACCCCCGCCGCGUCCCGUAAGGCUUUGAACGGACAGCCUCAGACAGAUGCAGAGAAGCAUUCAGCAACCGAACGCAACACUGCUUGGUCCAGUGAUGAGGUCAAGAUGAAGUCAGAUGGGGGUUUGGAUUGCGGCAUCAAAAUGGAAGCGGGUCUGAAGUGGCGGCGGAACCCUUCAGAUGUUUCAGAGGAGUCAGAAAAGUGCAGCUCUGGAUGGAAAACUGCACCCAUCACGCAGACGGGCUCCUGGAGGAGGGGCAUGAGCGCGCAGGUGGGCGUGACUGUGCCGCGGACGAAGAGUACAACUGCAACCACAGGAACCGGCAUGAUAAAGACACAAGGAACGGGUAAAACAGAUGACACCAAGGUCUCCGAAAAAGGCCGCAUGUCUCCCAGUUCCAACAUCGUCCAGCAUUCCUCCUCCGAUGCCGGUCGAAGCAGCGGAGACGAAGCCAAGAAAACGCCCGCAGGCCGAGUCCCCACAAGCACAUUUGGUUUCAAGAAGCCUAACGGUGCCCACGGCCCGGCCACUGUGGUAACCACCUCCAGCAUCACUCUGGUGACAGCGAGCGGUGCCACCAUUACCAGUGGCUCUGCCACCCUGGGCAAGAUUCCCAAAUCCUCCGCCCUCCUGGUCAGUGGGAGAGCAUCAUUAAAAGGGGCUGUGGAUGGUUUAUUGCCCCCUCAAGAAGAUGGCUACCUGUCCCCCAGUGCUCGUUCAACGCUGCACUACCGAAGUCUACCGCGACCCUCUCGUUCUGGAGCCACGUCCUGUAACGGAAACCGAUCAUCCACAAGCAGCAUCGAGUCAAGCUUGAGCUCCCGGAUGCCCGUCCUUACUGCCGUCACGACUAGCAAACCGAGAGAUUCUGGCACUAAAACCAACGGGCACGCAAUCCAAGCCAAUCAGACGGACAAAGAGAAGGGCGUGGCCUCAGAGAUGGACAACCUGAGAACCAAUCCGAUCGUUUCGGGAGGAGGGGCAGCAACUAUCCCACAGACAGCGAGACAGGGAAACAAGUAUAGCGAGGUCUCGUCUCCAACAUUAAGAAGACUUUUUGGUGGUAAGGCUGCUAAACAGGCCCCGGUUACCUCUGCAGAGAGCAUGAAAAACUCAGUCGUCAUCUCCAACCCCCACGCUACCCUUGGGCACACCCAGUCCUCCGGUGGGCCCUUGGACUCCCCCAACACAAUACCGGGCAGCGGCGGCAGCAGUCCCCUGUACGGGGGUCGCGGCGCCAGCAUAGGGGGCAGCGAACAAGCUUCGAGCCCUGGUUCGGUGUACUCAACAGGCACUGGGACUUGGGGCACCACCAUCAGCAGCUCUUCGGCUCUCGGCUACCCCUCCGUCAGCAGCAUGCACACCAGCAGCGAGUCCAUCGACAUGUCAGUGGGCAGCGGGCAUCACCGCGACGAUGUCCACCCGGUACUGAUGCGGACGGGUAGUGCCAAGACAGGCAUGUCAGAGAGCCCUCUCCUCUCCCCUCUACUUUCCCCAAGUCCCCUCUCCUCUCCCUCUGCAAGUCCUAAAUUCAGCCGUAACACAUUGCCCCGGAAGCAAGACAGGUACGCUCCUUCAACACAUCUGCGUCAGGAAGAGGCACGUGAUUGGCUGCGCUCACAUUCGGCCGGUGGAUUGCAGGACUCAACCAGUAACUCUCCCUUCUCCACCGGCUCCAGCUUGACGUCACCAUCCGGAACGCGGUUUAACUUUGCUCAACUUGGAAGCCCCACCACGGGUGCUCAGAUUAAUCUAGCCAGCCUGCGCAACAACAGCCUGACCAAUCAGGACAACCCGCUGGACAGCCAUGGUGAUUCCCGUCUGCGCAACUCCUGCAUGUCUCUGGAUGAGAAGACCCGCACCAUGAGCCGGUCGGGAUCCUUCAGGGACGGGUUCGAGGAAGGACCAUGCCUUUCCAAAACAACCAUAACAGACUCACGUACAGUAGUUCAUGGAUCAUCCCUCUCGCUGGUGUCCAGCACCUCUUCUGUCUAUUCAACGACGGAGGAGAAAUCACAUUCAGAGAUCCGCAAGCUGCGUCGAGAACUGGACGCCUCCCAGGAAAAGGUGUCCGCCCUGACAACGCAACUCAGUGCCAAUGCCCACCUGGUGGCAGCGUUUGAGCAAAGUUUGGGCAACAUGACCAUCCGACUCAAGAGCCUCACCAUGAACGCAGAACAGAAAGACUCUGAGCUGAACGAGUUGAGGAAAACCAUUGAGCUGCUAAAGAAGCAAAACGCAGUGGCUCAAGCGGCCAUCAACGGCGUCAUCAAUACUCCAGAACUCACCUGCAAGAGUGAACGCACAGGUAAUAAUAGUUCAGCCCCCGGAGCGCAGCCGGACCUGUGCAUGCGCAGACAGCACUCAUCUGACAGCGUCUCCAGCAUCACCAGCGCCACCAGCCACUCCAGCCUGGGCUCCAACAUGGACAACCCCGACUCCAACAGCAAGAAGAAGAAGAAGAACUGGCUGCGGAGCUCCUUCAAACAGGCCUUCAGUAAGAAGAAAUCACCCAAAUCAGCUUCGUCCCACUCAGACAUUGAGGAGAUGACGGAUUCCUCUCUCCCUUCCUCUCCCAAACUCCCUCACAACGGCACCAGCACCUCGGCACUGCUGCUCCGCAACACACACUCCAGCUCAAUACUGUCAGACUGUCUGGAUGGGGAGGCGGAGUCUGUGAUGCAGCUGCGUAACGAGCUGCGAGAGAAGGAGAUGAAGUUGACGGACAUUCGACUGGAAGCCCUAAGCUCCGCCCACCAGCUGGACCAGCUGCGGGAGGCUAUGAACCGCAUGCAGGUGGAGAUCGAGAAGUUAAAGGUAGAAAAUGAUCGUCUUAAGUUGGAAAGCCAAGCCAGUGGGAGCAGGGUGUCCUCUCAAGUGUCCGUCUAUAACGCGACCCCGACCCCCAAACCUGGCCUGUCUCAACACAGCCUCAACCUCACAGAGUCCACCAGCUUCAACAUGUUGUUGGAUGACUCUGGUGGAGACGGAAGUUCUCGUAAAGAGAGCAGACAUGUAAAAAUAGUUGUCAGUCUUCAAGAGAACGUCACGUGGAAAGAGGACUGCAGGACUAGAGACUUCCUGAUUGGCUGCAUUGGUGUCAGUGGAAAAACCAAGUGGGAUGUUCUGGAUGGGGUUGUACGACGCUUGUUUAAGGAGUAUAUCAGGCAUGUUGAUCCGGUCAGUCAUCUGGGUCUGGGUUCAGACAGUGUGGAGGGUUAUCGUAUUGGAGAUGUGAUCCGGUCCGGCGGAGUAGACACACCUGAACUCCUGCCCUGUGGAUACCUUGUGGGAGAGAAUGACACAAUCAACAUCUCACUGACAGAUGUGAACUCUCAGUCUGAGGAUUCUCUGGUCUUCGAGACGCUGAUCCCCAAACCCAUGCUCCAGCGUUACACGUCUUUGCUUCAGGAACAUCGCAGGAUCAUCCUUUCAGGCCCCAGCGGCACUGGAAAAUCCUACCUGGCCCACAGACUGGCAGAGCAUCUGGUGCUGCGAGAGGGCAGACUGCCCAAUGAGAGCAACAUUGUCACCUUCAACGUCGACCAUAAAUCCAGCAAGGAGUUGCGUCAGUACUUAGCUAAUAUAGUGGAGCAGUGCAGCGCUGACGGACAGGACACUGAAGCCCCUCUGGUGCUCAUUCUGGACAACCUUCAUCACACCAGCUCACUGGGAGAGAUCUUCAACGGCUUGCUUAACUGCAAAUACCAGCGCUGCCCGUAUAUAAUCGGCACGAUGAGUCAGGCGACAUCUUCUGCUCCAAACCUGCAACUUCAUCAUAACUUCAGAUGGGUGCUGUGUGCUAAUCACAUGGAGCCGGUAAAAGGUUUCCUGGGCCGGUUUCUGAGGAGGAAGCUGAUUGAGACCGAGAUUGGCAGCCGAACACGUAACCCGGAGCUGGUGAAGAUCAUAGAAUGGAUCCCUCAGGUCUGGCACCACCUCAACCGCUUCCUGGAGGCCCAUAGCUCGUCUGAUGUGACCAUUGGUCCACGUUUGUUCCUGUCAUGUCCGAUGGAUGUGGACGGUUCUCGCGUUUGGUUCACUGACCUGUGGAACUACUCCAUCAUCCCCUACAUGCUGGAGGCUGUGAGAGAAGGCUUACAGCUGUACGGUCGCAGAGCUGCAUGGGAGGAUCCUGCGCUGUGGGUUCUGGAGACUUUUCCAUGGGCAGCUUCUCAUCAGCACCCUGAUUGGCCAGCUUUGCUGCAGCUCCGCCCAGAGGACGUGGGCUUUGAUGGAUACUCCGCCUCCAGAGAGGGCCUUAACAAACAGAGUACGCAGAGUGACAGUGAUGCCGACCCACUGAUGAACAUGCUCCUGCGCCUGAAAGAGGCAGCCAGCUGCUCCAGCCCGCAGAGCUACGACAGCGACUCCAAUAGUAACAGUCACCAUGAUGACAUCCUGGACUCUUCGCUGGAGUCCACGUUAUGAUCCAGCCUGAUCCGUGAACUCUAAUCAAGUCAUUACAUCACAUCUACGGGUGCUGGUAACCCACUUCAUAUAUAAAUAUAUAUAGAGAGAGAAAUAUAUAUGCGCCAAAACUCAACGGUACUUCAGUGUGAUUUUUAUAUUUAUUUUACAACAACAAAAUCAGAAGAAAGUGCUUUGUCCCCAUUUUUACCUCAAAAGUAGAAGUGCGGUCACAUUAGCAAAAUUUUAUGGACAAAAAGGGUUAAUUGUCUGUCGUCAAUAAUGUAGCGAUGUGUGAAACAGAGCUCACACAAGUCACUUUCAAACCAAACGGUGAAUCAGAGUGACCAACCUGCAUCUGCUGCGAAAUCUGCGUAGAUCAAUUUUCCGCCAUCACACGGAAUUCCCGAUUACAUGGAUUUCACAUACAAAAAUUUGCCAAACUUCGGUAAAUGUGACCGCACCUUAACUGUUGGAGAUACUUUCGCACCCAAUGCAAUGCUCGUUUGUCUUACCCUCUACUGGUGAAACGGAGGAAUUACAUCCUAAACCCGAGACCAACAUCUUGACGUCUUCACUCAAAAGAACAUUGACUUUCCCUGUAAUGAUGGACUUGUUCAUGACUUUACAAAACCAGCUUGGUCGGAUGCUGACCAUCGUUUCAUGUUUUACAUGAUAAGGAUACGGAUGAAAUAGCAUGGUGCUACACUUAUGAUUUUGGAUUUAUUUAUUGUGAUGAUUGGAAAAAAUACCUCGUUUGCAAUCUGGGAUGUGCUUUUGUUUGCCUUUCUGCAUUUUUUUUUUGUUACCACCCGUUCCUUAACUGCUGACCGCAUGUUCCAGUGUUCUACUGUAGCACAAAGCCUCUAUCUAUUUUUUACACUAGAUCACGCUCUGUUUUUGGUGCUGAAUAGAAUUUGGUGCCUUACUCUAUUUUGUAAAGAAAAAACGGCACUAUGUUUUAUACUUCUGAAAAAUGCUGAUUUUAUUAACUACAGGGCUCUACGCUAGUCCUUUGAAUUUGCCUAAAAUAAACAGCCUCACACUCAUCAUAUCAUAUCAGAGGAGCAAAAUGUGUGAUUUAGAAAAUAGGAAGUGGAUAAAGGGAGCGGCAGGGCGACUGUAACCUCCAUCUGUUUUGAAAUUCACAUUUUUUAAAGCAAAGUUGCUACACAGUUAAAGGGACAUUUUACUUUCAAACAUGUAUGAGAAAAAUUAUGCUUUUUUAUAUGUGAAAUAUAUAUGAUCACUACUGGCACAGGUCAUCUUGAGGGGUUCAGCUGUAAGGCUUUGCUUGGUGCUUUAAGACCGCCUCAACACAUCUUGGCUAAAGCACAGUGAGAAAUUGUUCAUAAUUUGGUGUAUGAGUAUACCUCAUUGACCAUUUUGGCCUUUUUCGUGUACAUAUCUUGCAUUCAAUGUGAAAGAGUAAGAAACGUCCACAUAGUCAUUGGAUUAAUAAUAUACUGUAUUUGCUGCUUUGUAAUGCAAGGAUGCUUCUGGAGGAUUUGUACUUAAGAUUUUAUCUUUGAUUCUCUAUAAGGAAUAUCAUUUGGAUGGACAGUGAGUUUCCUUGCAUGGGAAAGCAUAAUAUAUGGGGCUCUUCAGUGGUUUCACCUUUACGUUGUCAAAUGCUGUUGGUAUGGCGCUGCAGGGUUUUAGUUACACCGUUGCUUCCAUUUCACUCUAGUGUAUGAUUCCUGUCAGUCAUCGAUCCUAUGCAACAUCAUUGUGGAUUUCAAUGGAAGCCAAAUAUCGUAGCUCUGUAAUGCUGUCAGCACUGCCAAUACGUUGUGUGUACACUGUGUAUAUAAUUUGUGAAUAAUUUUAGGAUAUGUGCCUAAUUUUCUUUGAUUAUGAUGAUGAUGAAGUCAUUUUAAGCACAAAUGCUGUAUGUGAUUGUUGUAACUGAAAUGGGAGGGCUAUAACUGAAUGGAUUUCAUGUCACUGAAUGUGUACAUCGUUUCUGGCUGUAAUAUAUUAAUGUAAAUAUUUGACUACCCUGCAGGCUGCAUUUUGAUGAAUAAUCUUUUUCUAGCCGUUUAUAACAGUGCUUGGAAAUAUGGAAUAUUUUGUGUACAGUGUCUUUUUCAUCUUAACAGUCCCACGGAUGGUCUGUGAAACACAGGCAGCCCAUAAAGAUUUACUGAUCACCUUACAGUUUUAAAUUAUUUGUAAUUCAAUAAACCUAAUAAUUAUUUAUUAAUUGUUUAUUAGUUUG